AUGACAGAAGAUCUUCCUACUUCUUCAUUUACUCCAUCCUCUAACAAUUACUUCUUGCCAAACUCAAGAUCUAUUUCUUACGCAGUUGAAGAAGAAGACCCCUGGAGCAGCGUUACUUUUGAACCAGUCGAUGAAAUCAGGCAGCCUUUUAAUCAGUCUCAGAAUAUAAGCGAUAGUUUAGUUUCUGAUGGUCUAGCAGCAUCCAAUGUUUUAGUCGGAGUAGAUGUGCCUGAAAUAUUUGACACAGCUUAUAUUCGUGCAAGUCCUAUUGGUGAUAGAGUCAGUGUAGAGGCUGUGGAAACAAUUGUAAGCCUAGGUGGUCUUGGACCGAAAAUAACUGAGCAAAUUGUAGCUUUGACUGUGCCUUCAGGUGCUAUGUAUAUCACCAGGAACGAAUUUAAUUGUGCUAUGGCUUUGCUUGGAUUUGCUCAGAAGAAUAUGGAGUUACCUACAACAUCCUUACCAGGCCUUGAAUAUGUUUCUAUCAAGCGAGCCAACCCAUUAUUCACUGUAUCUCUCAAGCCUAAACGACACCAAACAUUUGACGAUGAUCCCUGGAGAAUACCGUCUAACUCGCCAACCAUGAAUGGAGACGGACUUGUCGCAGCCUACACUUCAAUUAGCAGUGGUAUAACAAACAAGAACGAGAAAACUCUGGCUGUGAUGGAUGCCAGCAACGCCUCAACAGAAAGCUACCAAUGGUUCUUAGAUUUGGAUCAGAUUACAGUUUCUGUAGCCGAGAAAGAAGGAUUCUUGUUCACACACAUCAACUAUUGGGUACAAAGUAUGCAAAGACAAACCUCUGUUAGACGGCGUUAUAGUGAUUUUUACUGGUUUUGGGAAACAUUAUUGAAACGUUAUCCCUUCAGAGUGAUCCCGAAUUUGCCGCCAAAGAAAAUGUCGAACAAGGAUAAGAUCUUUUUGGAGAGAAGGAUACAAGGUUUAACUCGAUUUAUUAAUCAUAUCGUUCGUCAUCCUGUGCUUAAAAACGACGAAGAAGUGAUCAUAUUUCUAACUGAACAAUCAGAUUUUGCCGCUUGGAGAAAGGCUAAAUUGCCAGACCUACGCGAAGAUUUUGAACGCCUCCAUCCCCAAACAGAAGAAUUGGAAGGCUUUAUACCAAAAGACCUUGACGAGCGAAUCAAGCAAGUGAAAGAGAGAUUACCAAAAACAAUUGAAAAGUACGAUGCAUUAUGCAGCAUAAUGGAAAAUAUGAUCCACUUGAAAGAGGCGCGUGCGAAAAAAAUGAAACAAUAUAAAGAUAAUUUAAGGGAAUUGAGUGACAUCGAACAUGUUUGUUUUGUUACCGACUGUAAUGCUUGUAAAAAGGUUGUCCAAGCGUAUGACAGUGUGGGUACUUACAUAGACCAAAAAAGUACCAUUAUGGAGGCUGAAGCUGCCACAUCUGCAUUGGGCGUACUUGAAAAACUCAAAAGUCAUCGUGAAAUAUGCGCUUCCUUCUUGGAAAUGUUAGAUAGGAAGGCACAGUUAGAGUUGAACACAAUUAAUGCUCUGUAUCGUAGGAUAUCAGCUAAUACAGCAAAAGUGAAUCAAAACCGUGGUGUCCCCAGUCUCGAAGCAGAGGUUGCAAGGCUAGAUGAUGCUAUAAAAGCUGAUACAGAAAAAAUGAUAUAUCAGCAAAGAAGAAAUACAUAUAUUCGCUAUUGUGUUGCAAAUGAAUUAUCUUACCUGCACAAGCAGCAAGCAUUCGUAGCGAUACUCUAUCAAAGUUUUGUACACGAACAAUUACAAUAUGCUCGUAGAUCAGUUGAAACAUGGAAGGCGUUGGAGGCUCUCUUAUGUGAAAUGCCUAAACCUGAAGAAUUUGCAUAA